AUGUCGUCAUCCUCUUCAUUGCCAUCGACAACAACUAUAGUACCUUUAGCGAAUGUCGAAACGAAUACCAAAACUAAUAAUAAUAAACAAUAUCUAUGCUUAUUUUAUGUUAUUACUGCUGGUUUAUUAGAUGAAAAUAUGGGUUCUGAUGAACAAGAAAUUAUUGAAAUGAUUCAUUUGAUUAUUGAUGUCGAUGAGAAAAAAACCGUGGCUUUAUUUCGUCAAUAUGUGCGACCCAUAUAUACAGAUGUUAUUAAUGAUGAAUACAAAGAAAAAAGUGGAAUUGAUGAAGAACUUGUAGUUUUAUCUGAACUUGAUCUUGAUGGAGCAUUGAGAAAAUUUGAUUCAUUCUUGCAUGAACAUUACUUACAUCCAGAUCUUGGAAUUAAAUUAACAUUUAUUUGUGAAAAUUGUCUUCAUCUACGUCAAUGUCUUCAUCCAGAAAGUGUAAAAAAGUCAAUAAUAUCAUUACCUAGUUAUUAUUGGUCAUAUUUUGAUUUGAGACUUGAAUUUGAACAUAUGUAUAAAACUUGUGAACAUAACAAUUUAAAUUCUAUGCUUGAAAAAUUAAAUAUUAGUCCAAUAUCUGAAAACGAUUAUUGUAUGCGACAUAUUAAACAUAUGGAAUUGAUCGUUUAUCAGAUGUUAAAUGAUGGACAUCAUUUUGAAAAACUUGAAUGUAUUAUGAGUAAUUUAAAACAAGGCAUAUGUACAUUAGAAGAUAAUAUCGAAGAAAGUACAGUGAUUCGAGCACGUGGAUUACCAUGGCAAUGUACUGAUCAAGAUGUAGCGAAAUUCUUUCGAGGUCUUGAUAUUGAAAAAGGUGGUGUCGCCUUAUGUCUCAGUAGUCAAGGUCGUCGUAAUGGUGAAGCAUUAGUUCGUUUUUCAACAGUCGAACAUCGAGAAUUAGCUCUACGUCGACAUAAACAUCACAUUGGACAACGUUAUAUUGAAGUAUAUAAAGCAUCCGGACGUGAUUUUCUCAAUGUUGCUGGAGGAUCGAAUUCUGAAGCUCAUACAUUUUUACAACGUGAUGGUCAAGUUAUUAUUCGUUUGCGUGGUUUACCAUUUGAUGCUAACUCUAAAGAUGUGAUCGAAUUUUUUACUCGUGGUGAUCAACCAAAUAAUAUAGUCGAUGGUGAACAAGGUGUUUUAUUUGUUCAUUAUCCCGAUGGACGAAGUACAGGUGAUGCUUUUGUUAUGUUUAAAACUGAAAAUGAAGCAUCACAAGCUUUACUUAAACAUAAAGAAACAAUGGGUACUAGAUAUAUUGAAUUAUUUCGUAGUACAACAGCAGAAGUUCAACAAGUAUUUCGACGAAGUCAAGAUCCAAAAAAUUUUCAAACAUCCUUAAAAGAUAUACCAUUUGCACCAUUACCUAUGUUACCACCAGAAAUGUUAACAGGUGGAAAUAAAAAAGAUUGUAUUCGAGUUAGAAAUUUACCAAUAGAAUGUGGUAUUGAACAAAUAUUAGAAUUUCUCGGUGUUCAUUCUCAACAUAUUGUUGCACAUGGUGUUCAUAUGGUUUAUAAUUCACAUGGUCAACCAUCAGGUGAAGCAUUUAUUCAAAUGAAUUCUGAAGGAGCUUCAUUCAAUGCAGCAACACAUAAAAAUAAUAGAUAUAUGUUUUAUAAUGGUAAAAAACGAUAUAUUGAAGUACUUCAAUGUUCAGGUGAAGAUAUGAAUCAUAUAUUACUUGGUCUUGUACCAUCAAAUUUAAUUCCAACAAAUAUUCAACCACAAACAAUCUAUUCAUCUCAUCGAACUACAUCAGUUCUACCUGUAUCAACAUUACAACCACAAAUGUAUCCAUCAACAAUACCAAUAUCUUUAACAACUCCAUCUCAAUCAUCAACAAUAUCAAAUAUGCCUCAUUCAUCAAUACAAUCUUCAACAUCAUCGACUUCAUUAGUUAGUGUUCCUACUAUGAAUGGAUUUCAUCCAAAUACUACUUAUUAUCCUAUGCAAAUUUUUUAUUAUCCUACACCACCUAUGUCACAAUCAAUUUAUUUACAAACUGGACAAAUGCCUACAACACCUAUGACACUUGUUUUACGUGGAGAUACUGGUCAAUAUUAA